ACCCUUAAACUAUAUUUUGUCUUCAACUCCAAACUAAUAUUUCGUCUUCCACCUCUUCUCUGAAAAACCCUUAAACCCCGACCUCAACUUUCAUUUUCUUUUUCUAUGAAUUCAUCUUAAGAGUUUCAUCUUCACUUCAAUUUGCAGCGCAGUGUGGUUACUUCUUCAGAUUCGCUUGCCUAUAAAUAUUUUUCGUCCAGUGUAACCUCAAAUUGACCCGUACGCGUACAUUGAUAUUGGUGCUGAUAUAGCCAUGUUUUUGUCUAGAACGCUUGGACGAACCCUCUUUGCUGCUGCUGCUAGAUCGAAACAUUAUGCCACUACAGCUCCUGCUGGUGGCAGAGAAGUACGCAAUCCCCUUCAGGAGUUCUUUGAGGCAGACAGGAGCCCAGACGAUGACAAACCUGUUGUUUAUGGUCGGGGUUGGAAGGCUUCUGAACUGCGCCUGAAAUCUUGGGACGACCUUCAUAAGUUGUGGUAUGUGCUGUUAAAGGAGAAGAACAUGUUGAUGACUCAGCGUCAAAUGCUUAAUGCACAGAACCUGCGUUUUCCAAACCCAGAGCGCAUACCUAAGGUGAGGAAGUCAAUGUGUCGUAUCAAGCAAGUACUUACCGAGAGAGCGAUUGAAGAACCAGAUCCCAGGAGGUCUGCUGAGAUGAAGAAAAUGAUAAAUGCUCUUUAAUAACUUGAAAUGGACCUAUUCCUGUGAUGGCAUUACUCCGUAUGCUGUUACUAUAGGACAUCUACAUUUGCAGAUAUAAGUUUGCUAACUUGAAGCAUCGUCCAAAAGUAUUAUUUUGAAGGAGUUUACCUUUUAAUGAUGUUUGCUUUUGUUCUGUAUUUUAGUCAGUCUGGAGGGAAUCUAAUCAAGCAUUCAUUGUUCCUACUGGUCUAUAACAUGAUAAAGUGUUAAGUGAGUUACAUCAUAAUAUUUUGCUGCCAAAUUUCUAUUUUCCUA